UUCGGUAAUUGUUGCUCUCGUAUUUUUUCCUUCAUUUGUGUCUACUGUUUCCUCUAUAAAUUCUUUUUAUCAAUACAUAUAUUCAUGUAUAGCAACAUUCCCUCUUACUUUCUUCUAUCUCGUCUUUUUAUUUUUACUAGUCAAAUGGCCUUUGGUCUUAUCUUCACUCGUGACAACCGCACGCCCGUAUUCAGAAAAAAAAAUAUUAAAAAAUGUAUUUUCCCGUUCUCGCCUGUUUUUGUUAAAAAAACUCCGCCCUUUUCCUAUUUUCUGUUGUCUGGAAAUAAGGAAGGGAAAUAUAGCAACAAAAAAAGAGGAGGAGGAAAAGGAAUGAAGUGGAGAAAAAAAAUAAACGUUCACUUGUCAUUUACAUUUAUUUUUAUUUAUUCACACACAAAUGGGGCUUUUAAAAAAAUAAAAAAUGGAUGGAUGGGGGGAUAUAUUUACGUGCUUUUAUUUAUUUUUUAA